AGGUAACAAAAAACGAUGUCGGCUCUACACAUCGCCCGUCUUUUUCUUCUGAUUGCUAUUAUGUCGACAGUAGUCAGUACAUAUGCUGUUUUGCCAUCAGGAGAAAUCCUCUUCCGGCGACCAGCAUCCUUGUUUGACCGAGCCGCCGACUACUCCGAUGACGUGGCAAAGUUUGACGAGAGUCGGGACAAACGAGAGCUCGAUGGAAUUGACACACAAUUGAGCAAACGGACCAACUUGAAACGGCUUGUGAUUUUAUCAGCACGUGGAUUUGGAAAGAAGUGAUCAAUUCGAAUAAGGAAUCGGCAAAAUCAAAAUGGCGAAUGAUUGGUGUGGUGUGGACUCCCUUGCACAAAUUCUCUCGAGUUUUAAUUUUCUUAUUUAUUUGGAAUCUAAGUUUACAAAAUUAGAAGCAUAAUCUCCCUCUCCUCCGACCCUCUCUUAAUUUCUGUCCGUCUUUUUCUACGUGUUCUUGCAUAAUUCUAAAAUCGUAUUAUUAUGCUUCAUCUAUUUUAGCGUUGUUGGCCUGAAAUCUCCCUUUUUAAGUUAGCUGUGUUUCUCCUCAAUUUGGUUUAAAUUAUGCUUAAGCUGAAAAUUUCAAAUCAAAAACUUUUUUUUUGUUUUGAAAUUUUGAAUUGAAUAUUACGAUGAUGAUUUAAUGAAUGAUUGACUAUGUU